CUUAUUAUGGAUGCCAUGUCAUAUCCUGCUUUGCAGCCAGAUUUUUCGGUGUUUGGUCAUUUUGCAACCUCGUAUUACCUGCCAUUUCGUCAGCCUGUAACAGAUAUAUUGGAUGAUGAAUAUCCGCGUGUCAAGAGAUUGAUUGAGCGAAUGCGGCAACAUUAUUAUCCGGAAUGGGAAUUCAACACUUAA